GCGGAAGGUAGGAAAUUCGAAAUAUUGUAAGGAAAGUGAUUUAUGAUCACUAUCUGUAGAUCUUUUCGAUCUGAAUAUCAGUAAAAAUGUCCGCUCAAAGGACUCCAUGAAAAGUAACUUGUGCAGCAGUAUUCCACAUAAAUUGCACGGGAAUAUAUAUAUUCUAUUUAUUUUAGAAAAAUUUAUCACAGGUGCUUGGGUCAUAACAUGUGAAUACAGUUAUACACAUCUAAACUUAUACAUAUGUAAAUAAUCGUUGUUUAUUUACACAUGUAUAAGGUUAGAUGUGUAUGCAUAUGUUGAGACUCAAACACCUGUUAGACUGUGAAGUGGACAGCAUACUGUCAAGGCCAGGGCUAGAUUAUCUAGGUAUAUUGAAGGCACUGUAUGAAUUAACGCUUGUUAUUCCUACGUAGGACUAGCCUAACACAUCGUUCAAUAUCAUAGCGCUACCGAUCCCUAUGUAGCCCAGGUUCAUUUCUUGAACGCAGCCCUGUCCACUUCCUUAAAGAGAAUAGGGGAAAGAAGAAUGCUCAGGUAUGGAUUUGGCAGACAGGGCAUUAACAGCUGGAGAGCUUGUUGACAUGAAAUGGAAGUUAGGAGUAGCAGUUAGUAGUGAUGAGUGCAAAUCGUUAAACUCGCCAUUUGUUACCAUGACACUGAGAGUUGCUGAUUCUUCGGGGAAAAUAUCGACACACACUAUAGAGAUGACAGUGACACAGUUUCAGCAUUUUUCACAGCAGAUGAAGGAAAUGGCCUCUAGAAUGGAGAUGGUUUGAGAGAAUCAGAUGCAGUACUCACAGGAAAAUAGGAUGACCAUACCUAGAUUUGUGACAAGAGAAGUGAUGAUAAACACAUAGUAAAUAGGAUCUUGAUAAACACAUGUAUUACCUCAAAAUCCAAAAAUAUCAAGAUCAUUGUUAGAAGAUUGAUUGGAUGAACUUUGUGAAAGAAUGAAAUCUUUUAACCUCAAUGAAAUUAGAUCUGAUUAGUGGAUUUUUGUAGAUCUGAAUGAAAGGCAUAGUGUAUCAUUUAUAAAUUAUUAUUUACUUGUAGCUUAUAUUUAUUUAUCUAAUCAUUCAUCAUGAAAUGUCAUUAAUAUUUGAAAGAAGUUACAAUUUCGAAAUUAUAAUAAAAUAAGUCAUUAAUUGGAUUAUAUUGAUAAAUUUUGAACUGAA